CAGGAUCAGCAUUUUUGCCAUCAAAGAAUUUUGGAGAAGCUCAAACUCUUGCUGAGAUUGCUUGUGGGGAUAAGAAUAUGCGCCGGUUACAGAUUAGGAUCAGACUAUAUUUGCUGUUCGUCAUCUCCUCGGCGACGUCACCGAGGGCUCGGUGAAGCUAAAGAGUUGCGCGUAUGA